AGGCAACAGCUGAACCAGACUUCAGCAUUAACAGAGCAAAAGUAUGUAGUUCCUUGAAAUUCGAAACUGGUGUGGUCCUUCCAUUACUUCCCUUCCAUUGCCUUAAGUUGCAGCAAUGGCGCUUGUUCUCAACAGAACACGAGAAUGAGUGAAAACCGCGAAUAUGCAGCUACUGCUGCUGUGAAAAAUCGCCCCAAAGAUUUCACUUCCGGUUACAAAACGAAGAUGACGAUUGCUUUUACGACGCUUUUGGUCGCAGUAGUUGCUGUUUUUGUAGAUCGCUUUGUCUUAAUGCGAAUUCAACGCCAGAUUUUAAAAACAGCAGUUGAUAGCGAAGCCGGCUUAAGAUUUGAUGUGGUUGAUGAGAAAGUAUUAAGUCUGUUUGUGACAUUCGAUGAAAACUUGGACGGGGUUCUGGAUUUGUCGGAAUUUAUCCAAGUUGCGAACAAAAUUUUGCAUCGAAAAAAACCAGCUGUAGAAGAACCUCAUCAAGAGAAGGUAGCUGACAGCAGUAGUGAUACUUCCGGACCAGAUGUGACUUACAUGGCUGCAACAGAACAGUUGACUGUAAAAAGUAAUUUCACUUCUCUGGUGCUGACCUCAAUGACCAAGUAUUCUGAUGAUUCUUCAGGGUUUGAUGGAAAUGAACGUGAAAUACAGGGACUAAAGUCAUGGAACACUUCUGCAGUUCCCAUAGCAACAUAUUCUGUAGAUGAAUUUAGAGCAUUUUUACCUUACCCAGUCCUCAAACUGCCAUUAGGCCAAUCAUGGUACAUUGUGGAAUCUAGAAUGGAUAAAAAUGGUCCAGGUUUGACCAGCAGUAGACAUUACCCUACCCCUGUGAAAGGGAGACUGGCCAUUUUGUACAAACUGCUGAGCAUGUUUCAUCCAAGGCCAUUUCUAUUGACCAGGUUUGGUCCACAAGGAACAGUUGCCUGUGUCCGAGCAGAGAGCAAUGACUACUUGGAUAUUGUUUUCAGGAUACAUGCCGAGUUUCAGCUGAAUGAACCUCCUUUAAUGCCAUUCUGGUUCACUCCUUCGCAGUUCUUGGGUAAUAUUGUGAUUAAAAGGGAUGGGAGUCAUGUGGAGUCUUUUCAUGUGGCUGUACCUAAUAAUAGAAGUUUAAAUGUGGAUAUGGAAUGGCUUGUUUCCACUGUAGAAGAAGAAGACACAGACACAAGUUACGAGAGCAGUGAGGGGCCUGGGGACAUGGAAGUAGACAUUGGGUUUCUACCCCAAAUGGAGCUAAACAGUGUCAUGCCUUCGAUUCUGCCUGGUAAUCAAGAAACUGUUGAUGAGGCAAAAUCCACCAACAAAACUAUCAAAUGGGACAAAGAGAUUUCAUUUGAGGAGGCUUACAAAGCGCUUGAAAAUGCCUUCUACUCCUUUAAAGAGGUUCCCUACGUGCCCUUUGAAGAUGCACUCAGCAAGGCGAGAGAAGAAAAUAAAUUGGUUCAUCAGAUUCUGCUGUGGGGAGCCUUAGACGACCAAUCAUGCUGAGGUUCGGGGCGGACUCUCCGAGAUGGUCCGUUGGAGAGCCCGCCCGUGGUCCACAUGUUGAAGAAGAAAUUCAUCAGCAGCUGGACACUUGUUAAAGAGCUAAAGGAUAUAGCGGCAAAUGGUACCAAUCUGGAGGUGACUAAAGCAGCUCAGGCACAUUUGGAUAUUUACAAGUUUCCUGUCAUGUCAGUAGUCUCUCUUCCAAACGGAACUGUAUUGUCAAAAAUGAAUGCGAAUGAUUUGAUGGAGAGCCAAUUAAACGAAGAAAUACUUCGUCCAGGAUUUGAUGAUCUACUGUCAUAUAUUUACUACCAGUUUCUAGAAAAAGGUGUCACUGAAGGCAGGACAUUCAACUAACGUUAUAGUCUUCAAUUUUAACAUUAAAAAAAAUAAGACAAGUAAACGACUGAUAAUAGAAAAAGCUCCAUCAAUUCAUGUAAGCAAAUCUUCUCCGCAUAUUUUGAUACGUGUUUUUCAUACAAUAUCUCAAUAGCAGGAUUCAGGAUUCGUUCAUUGUACAGCUGGGAUGUUCUCUAUCGAAUCAACUCUGUCUAUUCAGAGGUUUCAGUAAUUUUUUCCAUGAGCAGCCGCUGACUGUGUAAUAGGCAACUUCGCUCCCAGGGUCGCUCACCUUCCCGCCCUCUCUCGCUCUAGGGGGCGGGAAGGUGAGAGACCUGGGAACAAGGUUGUGCAAUAGGCGGCCUUGUCCGUAAGAGGGCCGAAAGGCGAAAUCCAAACACGAGAGACUGGGAGCGAAACAGACAGCAGUCAACCGCUGGUCACCAGUUCUUAUCGAAACCCCUGCUACUUGGUGUCUGUCUCUUCCAGUCAACUAUUGAUUAUUCAGUUUUAUAUUUUAUAUUUAUUUAACAAUUCUUUAAAAAUACUUCAGAGGACCAAACUUCCUCUCGCGAUCAAGCCAAAUAUUAGUAGUGUUGUUACAACUAUUAUCAAUAUUGAUGUUGUUAUCAUUGUUGUUCAUUCAUGCUAACUCUAAAUGACAACGGCUUUUCCAAACGCGAAACUUCGUGUGGAAGUUGUUUGAUGCAGUGAGAAACUUGAAUGAAACGAACACGAUUCGUUUUGUAGUUUCGAUUGUCGUCGUGUUACAGUUUUAUACUACAGUUUCAAAAACCUUCAUCAACAUACUUGUAUUUAGGGAGUUUAUACAUGUAGUAGAAGUAUGAAAUAAAUUAUUACAAAAAUUUUGUAAAAAAA